AUGGGAAAGGUGUUUUUAGAAAGACAAACAUGUGUUAUGAAUGAAAAGGUAGGUAAAAAUGAAGUUUAUGUUGUUGUAAAACAAACAAAUUUUAUGUUAUGUUUAACGAGUGUUGAACCAAUAGAAAAUGCAGAGGUGACAUGUGAAUUAUUAUAUGAUAUUCCAGAAUUAAAACCUGUUCCUUAUGUAUCACAAAAACCAAUUUCAUAUAAAGUUCAACAAGUUUCUAAUGAAGCUAUUAACAUUGAAUGUAAAUUAAAUGUUUUAUCAAGUAAACAUGAAGAUAUGUUAUUUAAAAUUCGAGCAAAUGUUUAUAAUAAUGGAGUUGUUGUUGGAGAAGUAAUUUCAUAUCCAAUUCGUUGUACCUCAAAAAUUGAUGGAACAAAGAAGUCUCGUCAAAUAAUUAAUAAAUCUUUAGUACAUCAACAAAUUGAAGCAACAAAACCUAAAAAGAAUGACCUUCCAAUUCCAAAUUCUGCAACACAAAGAAAGGUUUUUGAAUUAGCAUUAUUAUCUUCAAAUACAAUUCUUCUUGAACGUCUUAGUAGUUUAACUCGAAGAGAAGAAACAAAAAUUACUACAAUUGAAGCAGGAAUUCAAGCUAUUUGUGAGAAAAUGGCAGGUAUAGAAUAUAGUACUUUACAAGUUCAUUUAAUGAAUGUUCUUGGAGGAUUGGACAUAGAACAAAGUAAUACAUUAUUUGAAAUAUGUUCAGUUAUUCAAUCAAUGUUUCCUCAACAAUACACAUUCCAACCAAUUAUUACUCAAAAUAGUCAACAAUUACCACAAGAAUACACUCCAUUUGGAGAAUUUAAUGGGAAUUAUUCAGGACAACCAAAUGUUUUUGGAACACUCUAA